AAUCGUUUAAAACGAGAGUUGAUGUUGAAAUCCGUGAAACAAAUCGUUGCCUCCCUCGUUUGAACCUGUUUUCGUCAACGGAUUUUCACUCGAUCGCUUGGCUCGGUGGUUUUCGUGUUCGUGGAAAAUCUAGUUCAUCACAACAAACAACACACAAUUUCCUCCCGGAAUUUCCCAGGAAGGCAGCGGAGAAGGCGCACAGUCCAUGAACAACAUGACGCGCUACAGUGAGGCCAAGUCCGUGAAGGUGGACAAUUGGGGCGUGUUCUUUCUACAAAAACUGCAAAACUUCUUCAACAAGACGGAUCACUGCGACCUGACACUGCAGUUCAAUGAUAACUCGCAGCUCAAGGUGCACAGAUUGGUGCUAUCCGCUUGCACAGACUAUUUCAACCACCUGGAGAGCGUCUGCGAGAUGUAUGACGAUGUGCUUAUCAUGCCAAUGGACCUGCAGGCGGAUGUCAUCGUUCCGAUCGUUAAUUUCAUGUACACUGGUACACUCGAGUUUCAGUAUACCAUGUACGAGCGGCUGCUGAAGACGGCCACAGAUAUGAACAUGACCGUGCUGUUGAAGUUGCUGGAGGCCCACCGCCAAACAUCCCGCAUAUCCAAACAGCCGGUAUUGCUGAAUAAACAGGCACCUCGGGUCGGUGUGCCAGUCGCUCGAGCAGCAAACACUUACCAUGCCACUGUUCCGCGCCCCGCUAAUACAGUUGUGGCACGAGCUAUUACCGCAGCAAAACCGCGCCUACCGAUUAUGCGGCAACAGAUAAGCCCCGGGAGCGUCAAGGGCACUCCGGAAUCUUCCUCGCUAGCGGCAAAGUAUGGCCACGCAAAGGAAUCCAAGUCCGGUCCUUCACGCUUCGAUGACACAGACCUGUCCGAGGGCUUCGAAGGUUCCUUCGAUGCCAUCUCGUACGAGAGCAAGCCACUGCUGACGGCUGAUCAGGUUAAAAAGGAGGAAGAACCAUCCCCCUUCGAGAAGCUGCGCAAAGGCUACACGAACACGAAUGUAGCAAAACGGGCCUCCGGUGGAUCGAUUACCUCACCUCCCGCCAAGAAGCCCAAUCUGGAGGAAGUAAAGGAGUUCACUGAGGCGGCUCGGCUACGCAGUCAGCUAAACACAGAUGACGACGACUCACCGGACUAUGUCGAUGAUGAUACGCAUUUUAACGAUGACGAUGAUGAAGAUUAUCAGCCCCCGGCCUCAGUGAAAUCGGCCAUAGCUAAAGCACAGACCAACAAGCAGAUUGUAGUCAAACAGGAAACGAAAUCUCCCAACGCACUGGGCAGUGGUUCGAUGAAGCAAAUCACCGUAAAAGAUGAAUCUGGAAAUGUGGAUCAUGCAAAGAUCAUAUCGGAGGUGCUGAAAAAGUAUCCCCACUUGGUGAAGCAGAACAAAAACAUUAAACUGAAAAUAAUGCAAAAGAUGCCAUCCGGAUCUAGCCAAGCCGCCGGUGGAGUACAGGCGGGAAGCAGUAAAGUGGAGAUUCGAACCGCAACACCACUGAAGCAGGACAUCUCGAUGGUUCGGAAAGCGACGGCUUCUAUUCGCAGCGGAGAGCAGCAACAGAAAACUGCUGGCACGACUAGCAGUACUGCUGUUGCGGGAGGUAGCGGACAUGGCAAUAGCAGCAGCAAGAAUACCACGGCAACGGCAACGGCGACUAAGCCCAAUCCACCGAAAACAAUUGACGCAAAGACGAUGCAUGCCUUGAUAGCUAAAGGCGCCGAAAAUAUGACAGGCCCUUGGCUAUGCCUUCGCUGUGGUAUCAACGGUCGUCCAAUUAGCAUACCAAGUUACAAAGCUUUCCGCAACCAUCUGAUCGUGAAGCACAAGGAACGCAUAGAUUCACGCAUUUGCGAGCAUUGCGGAUGGCGCGCAGAAACCCGUAAUCCCCAUUUGGUGUAUCAUUGGUUGGUGGAGCACGGAAUCAAGUCGCCAGUCAAGUUCCCUGCAUGUACCGAAUGCGAUCAUGUAGCAAUGAACAACGAGCUUCUGAAGCAGCACAUGGAGCAAACGCACCAGCAAGAACGCCAACACUGCAUCUACUGUAAUAAGGUGUUCGAGAAAGAGCAGGAUCUGUAUUGCCAUAUGAAAGAGCAGCACCGAGAGCGCGCCCGCAGCGAUGGUGUCCUGGAUUUUAGUGAAGAUGAAGACGAGUUCCAGGAACAGAGGGAUGAGUCACCGCCUGUUCAUCGUCCAUCCGAGGGCAAGAUUAAGAUCCUGUCCAAUAUCACAUUGCCGCCGACGAAACCAAGCGCGCUACCCUUUGUCAUAGGUACGGCCCAGUCCCAAAGGGUUUCACAAAGCGGUGGAAAAGCAUCAUCGGAAGCGGAAGCACUGAGCAAUGUGGCCUCUGGCAUUGCCACGAGCCUGCGACUCGUCGGUGACACUGGUGUCGUAAUCGAUGAUCCAAACUAUCAAAACGAAUUCAUCGAGGCAGAGCUGGCAAGCGUGCACGGUGAAAAUGCGACCACCAUCAGCGCAGAAAACAGCGGCGUCAUCACGAAGCUGUUGUCCGAGGACGGGACCGAACUGCAGUUGACACCGUCACAACGAGAGGAUAUCAUUUCUCAGUUGCAAAUCAACUCUGCUAACGUGGUUAUGAUGAAUGAGGUCAAGUUUGUCGAUGGCUCAACGCUCCAAAUCAAUGACGGUGUGCAGAUUGUCAAUAGUGGCGAUACCGAUGGCACGGCUGCCGGUGGCAACCAAAACAUCAUGCUCGUUUACAGCGAUAGUGCAACGGAAGAACGCAAGGAGAAUUCCAAUGACGAUGUAGCUCCCUCCGAGGAUGAUGAAAACUCGCAAAACUCGGCUGCGCUUUCGGAGAAAGCAUCCUCAUCUACAGAUAAGCCGGCGGACACUGUGGCACCCGAAGAGGAGGAGAGUCAAGAGUCGCGCAAAACGGACGCGACAGACGGUAAAGAGGCAGGCGAGGAAGACGAUACUGUCGAAGACGUAGACAUGCUUCCGUCCGAUGCUAGCUUCGAGACCAACGAACCGGUUAAACCAACGACCAAGGCUGGCACACGUGAUGACAAGAAGGCGGAAAAGCACAAGCAACACAAGGAAGAUGUCGAGGAGGACCGUCAGAGAUCAGAUAAAUUAAAGUUAAUAUCAGAACUCGAAGGGGAUUGGUCGGAGGACACUGAAGAGCACUCGACAACGACAGUGUCCACGACUCCGGCCACUAAAGCCGAUACUAAACAAACGGCGAGCGAAGAUUCCACAGAGAAUCGUUCCAAUAAGAAAGCAGCAUCGAUCGUAGAGAAGAAAUCUGUGACGGCAAAGGUUCCGGUGGUAGGGGCGGCCUCAGCCAAGAAACCCAGCAAUCCCGAGAAGGAUAAAAAGAAAGAAGACAAGCCGAAUGUCACCAACACAACUAAGAAGACUGUUGCAAGCGAAGGCCCCGCUGAGAAGGAAAUCGAUAAGCUACUGGACGAAUGGAACAACGAGCCAUCGAAACAAGAUGACUCCGACACGGAGGCAGAGUUGGCAGAGAAAACGCCAAAAGCUGAUGGAUUGGUAAAGAUCGAAAAAGAGGAACAGCAGGAUGGAAAACAAAAGGAAAAUGACGACACGGAAACAAUGGAAACGGAUGAAGUGAUAGAUGCGCCGGCCAGCAAAUCUAGCGAUGCUGAAAUGAUAUCGAAAACAUCGUCAUCGACAAACGAGACGGAUGAUGCGACCAAGGCGAAGAAAACUGAAACAUCCAGUAAAGUGGCAUCGGCAAAAAAGGUGGAAAAUUUAAAGGUCGCAGCCGACGAUGAAGACGAAGAUCAGGAUGAGGAUGAUAAGGAGAAGGCGUCCAAGUCCAAGGAUGUGAGCUCUUUAUUGGGCGAGUGGGAUGAAGACGAUGAGCUAUAAAGUGGUGAAGAAAGAUUAAAGAAAUACUUUGCCCCAGAUCCUAGUUUGUAGUCAGUAGCGGUAAGUUGAACAGUGUUUAAUUGUUUUGUAGAAGGUUUUAUUCGUUAAGUUAAGUGAAGAAUACCUGAAAUCUAAAGGAAUUAUGCAACACAAAAUGAUUUUGCAAAUCAAACCACGCUCCUCAAAGUAAAUCGCCCCUUUCUGUGCAAAAUUUUGUAAGCACAUUCUUUUGAUCUUUUUUAAAUAUAUUUCUUCAGAGAUUAUACGGUCGUACAAAUCGUAAUGCGCAUGUAAUACUGAAAAGUUCUUUAAAGUUAGCUUUAUAUUGAACAAUCGCGUAGUGGAAUAAACAAUAACAAUAGUCUUAG